GGUUCCUGAGCGGGAACCGCAGCUUCGCCGCCGCCCGCGGGGGAACGCCGCGCCCUGAGCGCCUCCUGUCCUUGUGGCCGGUCUGCCAGACCCGGUCACGAUGGAGGCGCCUCCUGCGGCUCGCGUUCUAGCCGACGGCGCCCCGACGGCAGCCGUGGCGGAGGUGCGCUGCCCGGGCACCGCGCCGCUGCGUCUGCUCGAGUGGAGGGUGGCGGCGGGCGCAACUGUACGCAUUGGCUCCGUGUUGGCUGUGUACGAGGCCGCCUCUUCCGCGCUGCCCGCCGGGCCCGCCCCGACCCGUGCCGCCUCCGGGGGCUGCGUGCGCUCCGCGCGGACCGAGCGUAGGCUCAGGUCGGAACGCGCCGGUGUGGUGCGAGAACUGUGUGCGCAGCCGGGCCAGGUCGUGGCCCCCGGGCUACAGAGUAAGAAUGGGAAGCAGCAUAUGCCUGUGUCCACAGCGACUGUAUCCAUGGUACACAGUGUGCCAGAGUUAAUGGUGAGCUCUGAGCAAGCUGAAAAACUAGCAAGGGAAGAUCAGCAACGACUACAUCGAAACAGAAAACUAGUCCUCAUGGUUGAUUUGGACCAGACCCUAAUCCACACAACAGAGCAGCACUGUCCACAAAUGUCAAACAAAGGCAUCUUUCAUUUCCAGCUGGGCCGGGGUGAGCCAAUGCUUCAUACCCGCCUGCGACCACACUGCAAGGACUUCUUGGAGAAGAUUGCCAAACUGUAUGAACUUCACGUCUUCACUUUUGGCAGCCGGCUGUAUGCACAUACCAUUGCAGGCUUUUUAGACCCUGAAAAGAAGCUUUUUUCUCAUCGAAUAUUAUCAAGGGAUGAAUGUAUUGACCCAUUUUCUAAAACAGGAAACCUUAGAAAUCUCUUUCCUUGUGGAGACUCAAUGGUUUGCAUUAUUGAUGACCGAGAAGAUGUCUGGAAGUUUGCCCCCAACCUUAUAACUGUGAAGAAGUAUGUGUACUUCCCAGGCACAGGUGAUGUGAAUGCACCCCCCGGGUCUCGGGACUCUCAGAUGAGAAAGAAAGUAAACCAUUCUUCUAAAAUUGCGGAUGUCUUGGAACAAGUUCCAUCUGUGAAAGACCCUGAGGAAGGCAGACACAUUUCUGGGGUGGAGCAGAACAAUGGCCUUGGGAAGCCCACCCGAGAGCUAAAUGGUGGUGAGGCUGGGCCUGGGGCUUCUGGUAAAGCAGACGAGAGGGACUCCUGGCCCCCUGCUCAGGCCCCCUCAUCCAUCAACCCUAGCAGUUGUGAGCUGGCCGAUGCUCCUGAGCAUCAGGUGUCUGGUGAACAGGGCGAUGAGAUCUCACCAGGGGCACAGCCUCCUCAGGGAACCUCUGGCACAGAUUUGGAUUUUGACUUGUCCAGUGACAGUGAGAGCAGCGAGUCAGAAGGUCAAAAGUCCUCUUCUACCUCUGAUGGGGAACAUGAUGAGAAGAAAGGUCGGAAAAAGGCUCCAGCCACCCAAGACAGAGCAAGAAUACCACAGCAGGGAGGUACUCUUGACACAAGUGCAGGAAAACUUGGAGGAGGUGGGCCCGCUGGAGAGUCUGGGGCUGGUGUCCCUGUGCAUGACAAAGGGCCAGACCUGGAUGUCCAGGAAGAGGGUGAGCGCGAUGGUCUCUGUGGCCUGGGCAACGGCUGUGUGGACAAGAAGGAGGCUGAGACAGAGUCACAGAACAGUGAGCAGUCAGGCAUCACAGCAGGCGAGUCCUUGGACCAGAGUGUGGAGGAGGAGGAGGAGGACACAGAUGAUGACGACCACCUGAUACACCUUGAGGAGAUCCUCGUGCGUGUCCACACUGAUUACUACACAAAGUAUGAUAGAUACCUCAACAAGGAGCUUGAGGAAGCUCCAGAUAUACGGAAGAUUGUUCCUGAACUCAAGAGUAAGGUGCUGGCAGAUGUGACUGUGAUAUUCAGUGGCCUAUACCCAACAAACUUCCCAGUAGAAAAGACUCGGGAACACUACCAUGCCACAGCCCUGGGUGCCAAGGUCCUGACCCAGCUGGUGCUGAGCCCCGAUGCCCCUGACAGGGCUACCCACCUGAUCGCAGCACGGGCUGGCACAGAGAAGGUGCGCCAGGCACAGGAGUGCAGGCACCUGCAUGUGGUCAGCCCUGACUGGCUGUGGAGCUGCCUAGAGCGCUGGGACAAGGUAGAGGAACAACUUUUCCCCCUCACAGACGAUGACACCCGAAUACACAGGGAGAACAGUCCAGCAGCUUUUCCUGACAGGCAGAACGUGAUUCCAACAGCCUUAUUCCACCCAACACCCAUCCAUCCCAAGGCCCAGCCCGGCCCCGAGGUCCGAAUCUACGAUUCUAACACCGGGAAACUCAUCAGGAUGGGUGUGCAGGGCCCUGUGCCAGGACCCCCUGGUUCCCUGCCUAUCCACAGGGAGUCCACCUCCUUCAGAGCUGUUCUGCCACAUCAGCAACAGAUGUUUGGUGAAGAGCUCCCCGAUGCUCGAGAUGGAGAGCAACCUGGCCCUGCCAGAAGAAAGCGCCAGCCCAGUAUGUCAGAGACAAUGCCGCUGUACACUCUUUGUAAGGAAGACUUAGAGAGUAUGGACAAAGAGGUUGAUGACAUCCUUGGAGAAGGCAGUGAUGACAGCGACAGCGAGAAGAAGAAGCCAGAAGAACAGAAUGAUGAUCAGGAAAGGGGACCUCGGCCCAGAAAGCCCAAAGCAUCAGGGGCCCACAGGGAACAACCUCUUGGGUCAUCCUCAUCCAGCGAAAGGAGUGCUACAGGCAUCCGCAGUGCCAGAGGCCACAAGAGAAAGCUGAAUGAUGAGGAUGCUGCCAGCGAGUCCAGCAAGGAGUCGAGCAACGAGGACGAGGAAGGCAGCAGCUCUGAGGCAGAUGAGAUGGCAGCAGCGCUGGAGGCAGAGCUGAAUGACUUCAUGUGACUUCGGGCCCAUCUCACAUGCUCUGUGCCAGCCCUUUCUCCACAGACUUGUAUUUUCCAGAGCUCCACAUGCAGAAACACAUUAUUUUGCAGAAACAGGUGUUUUUAAGAGGUUUUACUAUAGGAAAGUCUACUUUUAUAAGUGACAGAGCAUUAUGAGAAUUGUGCUUUGCCAAAGAGCUCAACAGAGCCUUGUGUGUAGUUGAGACUGGAUCUUUCUGGUUUCUUGUCACAUAGAAAAGGUUUUUUCCUUGGGAAGGGAUAGGUCCCUUUAAGUACCACAAUAUAUUACUUAGGGUGAAGACUCUGGGAGAGCCAAUAAGACUUAGAGAAUGACGUAGCAAGAACCUGGCAUCCUGUCAUGCUUUUUCACAGCUGAAGCUGAAGAGUUUUGAAGGAUUUUAAGUGAAACAGCAGUGUACAUGUGUAUAGAACAGCAAGAUGCUGCAGAAGCCUCCAAGCAACCAGCUGACUCCAUGUCCCUUAGAGGACCCAUAGGUGACCCGUGCCUCCAGCAUGGGUCCCUUCUGAAGACUGGACUGCCAGUAGCCAUGUCCUCCAACCAUAGAGGUUGUUGGGGGUGGGGGGCUUCCCUUUUCUUGGGUGGCCUUAUACUUCUUUGAGACAUCUGCUGGAAAGAUUUUGUAUAUCUAUUUCAUAUUUGACCCAUAAAACAGAUUCUUCUUUCAUUUAAUAAAAGUCCCUUUUGUACUCU